AUGAAAAAUCAUGAAUCACAUCCACCUGGUUCUACUCCAUUCCCUGAAGCGAAUGUGACAUCCCAUAAUGGGAAAGAAAAAUAUCAUGCCAACAAUAGUGGUCGAGGACGUGGUCAAGGACGUGGACGUGGACAUGGAUAUGGUCGAGGCCGAGGCCGAGGCCGUUGUGGUUCUUUCAAGAACUCGUAUCCCCACCAGAAGUUUGACAAUAAAGAUGGUAACAAACAAGAGAAAGAUAAAAGCGAGAAUGUGACCAAUGUAAGUUAUCGAUGUGGAGGAAAAGGUCAUUGGUCUCGUACAUGUCGUACACCAAAACACCUGGCUGAGCUCUAUCAACAAUCAUUAAAGCCAAAGGGAAAGAAAAUAGAAACAAAUCUUGUGUACGAAGAUGGCGAAGGUGACUUUGAUUGUGGCGAUACAACUCACCUGGAAGUUGCUGAUUUCCUCACCACCCCUGAAGGGAAUUUAAGAAUAAAACUUUGUCUGACAAUAAGAGAAGGACUUGAUUUACGUUUAACGGAUGUAGUCACAGCCUACUUGUAUGGGACACUGGAAAAUGACAUUUAUAUGAAAGUCCCUGAAGGAUUUAAACUGCCAGAAGCAGCUAAUUCUAGUUCUUGA